AUGGCUACCGUUGCGGUCGGCACUCCGUUAGCGGAGGCAUUAAGCAACGCUAUUCAACCAAAACUCGUCGAGAUGGGCUGGAGCUCCGACAGCAGCGAUUCCGCCUUGACAGAGUAUGUUAUCUUAAUGCUCGUCAACGGCAAGACACAGGAUCAAAUCGCGAGCGAGCUUUCAAACGAUCUUCUUGGACUCGGCGAAGGCGACACACAAGCACUGGACUUCUCGAGGUGGCUCUUCGAGCAAGUCGACACUUUCAACCAGCAGAUCAACGGUCAAAGCGCCCCGGCGUCGACUGACAACGCCCAGGCGAUUCCCUCGUUUAACGACCAAGAGACGACAACGCCUCAGCUGCAGGGCUAUGAGGACGGUUCUCAGUCGUUUGAUAUGAGCAUGGGCGACGCAGGAUUUUCGGAGGAUGGAAUACCUACUGGACCGAAGUCUAUGCGCAACGGCCGUCAAGGCAGCCAAAGCGGACGGGGGAGGAUGCUUAAUCAGAUCAACCGGAACCUAGAACGCGGCGAUGUUGGUUUGCAUCGUAUCCGCGACCAGACUGGUGUCGGCCGAAUAAACACCCACGGCGGGCGCGGCGGGACCAGGGGUGGGCGCUUCAACCAGAUCGGUAACGGAAGAGUGUUUGGCGGACGCGGUGGCAUGGCAAUGGGGAACAACCAGAUGGUCGGUGCCGCGGGGAACCUAAUGAACAUGAACCCGAACGAUCAGAUGCAUCUCAUGUCUCUUCUGGAAGAACAAGCGAGGAUGAUGGCGCAAUUCAUGCCCGGCUUUGUUUCGCCAGCAAUAAACCCAGCUUUCCAGCAGUCCGGCCAACAACGCUCGUUAUCCGACCGAGUCGAACGACCAAGGGGCGGCCGUCAGCAGGGCGCAUUUGGCAAACGAACGCAGCAUGAAGGCUCGAAAAAUGAAGACACUGAUAUGGAUAUGGGGCCCGAUCAGGCGACGCAAAAUGGUGGACAGGAUGGAAAUAGUACAGAUAACGUUUGCCACUUCAACCUUCGUUGUACGCGGAAAGACUGCCCCUUUGCCCAUCAGUCCCCCGCUGCCCCCGAAGGUACUCCGGUCGAUGUUUCGGACCCAUGCUCUUACGGCGCAGCUUGCAAGAACCGGAAGUGUACCGGGCGACAUCCCUCGCCAGCUGUGAAAUCAGCUCACCAGGCAGAAGAACUUUGCAGGUUCUUCCCCAACUGUACGAAUCCUCACUGUCACUUCAAGCAUCCUUCUAUGCCCCUAUGCCGCAAUGGUGCAGAUUGCACCACGUCGGACUGCAAGUUCACACAUCUUCAAACUGCCUGCAAGUUUAAUCCUUGUCUCAACCCCACUUGCCCUUACAAGCACGCCGAGGGCCAGAGAGGUGCUUUCGCGGAUAAAGUGUGGACUGCAGACUCCGCCCAAGGCAAGGCACGCGUUAGCGAGCGCAAGUUUGUCAACGACGAGGAAGCACCCGAGGAGCUCAUCAAGCCAGAAGCUGGGGCAGACGCUUCUUCACAGGAGAUUGUGACGUCAUUGAACUUGCUCCGAAACGGCCAACGACGCGAUCUGCACGCGCUCCCGAAAAGAUGGAAUGUGGGCGUCAUAGGCGGCGGUAUCACUGGUCUAACAGCCGCCUACAGACUGAGCAGAAAUCCACGUUGCUCUAAGGUUACAAUAUAUGAAAAGGGGCCUUGUAUGGGCGGCUGGAUCCAGUCGGAGAAAAUCAGCGUGGACGGAGGGAACAUCGUUUUUGAGUAUGGACCGCGCACAUUGCGAGUUAGCACCAUUGCCGCAUUUUCACUUUUGGACCUGAUAUGCGACUUGGGCCUGGAAGACGAAAUGCUCCUCACAUCAAAGUCAUCUCCAGCCAGCCAGAACCGUUACAUUUACUAUCCCGAUCACCUCGUUCGUAUGCCAGCGCUGCAGAAAGGGGUCAGUACAAUAUCCCAGCUUUGGAAAAUACUGGAUAGUCUGUUGGAGGAGCCUGUUUUUAAGGAUGUGCUAGACAGUCUUCUGAAGGAACCCUUCGUCUCGACUGGCAAUCUAGUGCACAGAAACAAGAUUCAUAACUCGGACGAAUCCGUCAAGGAAUUUGUAUCACGCCGGCUGUCCCCCGAGGUAGCUGAGAAUCUGGUUUCCAGCGUGUUUCAUGGUAUUUAUGCUGGAAACAUUGAUCGACUCAGUGCUACGACUCUCCUAGGCGAGAUGCGAUACCGGGAAGCCAGGUCCGGCAGCGUACUACUGGAUCUAUUUUCGAACAGGAAAACCAAGAUGUGGCCCAGUGAUGACCUCAAGGCCAUGGUCGACAUACGGCAUUCGAAGCCGAUAUCCCACAGAGAUUUUUUAAAAACAAUCAUAAAUGAAAACAGUACCUUGACCUUCAAGGAUGGCGUUGGCCAACUAGCAGACGCUCUGGUCACUGAGUUGAAACGGUCACCUAAAGUGGAAGUUCUCACUCGCGCAAAUGUCACAAGCAUUCUCCAAGAUCCCUCCAGCUCAGACCUCACGGUCAAAGUCGGUAAUGGUAAAAAUCGCGUUCACAACCGUCUCAUUGCCACCAAUCCACCGCAUGAUCUUGCGAGACAACUCCAGGGCUCACUCGAUUACACGAAACAGCCCACUCUCACAAUAAAUGCCCUACGGCAACACAACUACGCAACCACUACCAUGGUUGUCAACCUAUAUUACCCAAAUCCGGAGCUGAUCCCUGUCCGAGGCUUCGGCUACCUGAUCCCUAGGUCGAUACCAUUCGCGCAGAAUCCAGAGCGAGCACUAGGUGUGAUCUUUGCGUCAGAAAGUAGCAUAGGACAAGAUACGGCACCCGGUACAAAACUCACAGUCAUGUUGGGUGGCCAUUACUGGGACGGGUAUGAAGAAUCGGACUACCCGGACCAUGAUACCGCGGUUUUGAUGGCUCAAUCGCUCUUAAAGAGACAUCUGGGUAUCACGGAGUCUCCCACAGUAGCCCGCACUCGAUUGCAGCGCGCUGCUAUACCUCAGCCCACUGUUGGUCAUCUUGAACGUAUGCACGAUAUUACAGACUCCAUAGAGUCCGAGCUUGACCACCGUGUCACCGUUGCUGGAGCUUGGUACUCAUGCCACGGUACCGGCGUAGUGGACAGUAUCCGCCAGGCUUAUCUUGCGACCUUUUCUGGUCUUCUGGUCGAGCAACCAGGACACCCUGAUUGGUUUAAAAGAGUCAUCGGGGGCGGUCUAAAAAUUCCUGACAGCCACUGGGCUGAGGGUAGACCUGAAGUGUUAUGGGAAUUUUGGGACAAGAAAGAUUAUCCUUAA